AAGUUAGCGGAAAUCAUAGGCGGAAGUAGAUGUCACUUUCAAAAUAAGACAUCCGAAACUUUCUCAAAAUUCGACUUUUUUUUGCAUUUUAUAACAUUUUGUGGCAAAAAAUGACCUAAGCAUAUUUGUUUGUUCUAUUUCAAUUCUUACAAAAUAACGUUUUUGGUAGAACUCAUAUUUAUAGUAAUCUAUUUUUUUCAAUGCUGCUUUCUUUUUUUUAAUAUUUAUAGCAAUUUCGGAUUUUUUUUCUCUUCAUAUAAAAAAAUAUAUAUUUUUUUUAUUUUAGUGAACUAUAGUUCGCAAAACUGUAUUCUACCCGGUGAUGAUAACUUCGCAGCUUAUAUAAAUUAAAUGAUUGCCCGUGUUUAUUUUAUUUUGAAAGACCCAACCGGAAGCUUGAGUUUAAUAAAAACCAAUGGUACUUGACGCUCAGCUUUCCUUACACCCCGUGAUCUCCAAAACAACAUAACAAAGUAGGGGCAAACAUGGCUAGCGAAGAGGAGGCCACAAGUCGCCCCUUGGUUCCCUCCUCUUCGGUCGGCCUGGAGGAUUUAUUCACCGCCGGGGCGUCGGAGCAGGCCAGCGGGGACGGGGACCCGGAGCUCCAGCGCCUGCAGGAGCGUCUUCAGGCUUGGCUGUCGCCGUACGACUCCCUGCUGCUGUGGGCGCAGAGGCUGCUGGUCUGGGAGAGGCCGCUGUACAGCAUCUCCGCCGUCCUGACGCUCAACACGCUGUUCUGGCUCCUGUACUCCACCUCCCUGCGGCCGCUCUUCAUCCUGAGCGUCUCUCUGCUGGGACUGAUGCUGCUGGAGAGGUGGAAGCCCAGGUUACCCACCAUCACAGUUCAGCACGUAGAGGCUCCUCCCAUACAAAGUGAAAGCAUGAGUUCGGAGCAGCAUCUGCUCACCGUUCCUGAGCUCAGCCACCACUUGGCGGAGAGCUACCUGACCAGCUGCAUGUAUCUGCAGGAGAUGCUGCAGUUCAAACGCCAGAACCAUGGAAAGUUCUGUGCGAUGAUGUGCAGCGGCUCCUUUGUGUUUGCUGUGGUUGGACACUACGUACCUGGAAUCAUGAUCUCCUACAUUAUCGUUCUGAGUGUGCUGCUCUGGCCGUUGGUGGUGUAUCACGAGCUGAUCCAGAGGAUGUACACGGGCCUGGAGCCCAUCCUGAUGAAGCUGGACUACAGCAUGAGCACGGAGCACCGCAAGCACGACAAGAGGAAGGUGAAGAAGGAGGUGGAGGACGGGGACGAGCCCAGCGCAGAGACGGAAAGCGAGAGUGAGAGUGAGGAGGAGCUGUCCUGCUUCGCCCCAACGGUGGACGUGAAAACCACGGCUCUGGCGAUGGCCAUCACGGACUCGGAGUUGUCGGAUGAAGAGGCGUCCAUACUCGAGAGCGGCGGUUUCCCAGUUUCCAGGGCAACCACCCCCCAGCUUAUCGACAUGUCGGAGGACUUGGAGCAGCCGAGUUUCCACGGCGACCCAGAGGAGGUGUACCUGCGGGAUCUCCCUGAGUUCCCGUCAGUGGAGGAGUUCCCGUCUCUGGAGCACAGCCUGCUGCACUUCAACCUGCGGGGGGCGGGUCAGGGGGAGACGGGGAACGCCGGCGCCCAGCCAGAGGAGCCACUGAGCCCCGCGAGCCUCCUCAUCCAACACCUGGCGUCGCCCCUGCACUUUGUCAACACGCAUUUUAACGGACACGGACGAGCGUCCGGAGCGGAGGGCGGGCCGGCGUCAGACCCGCCUCCUGAGGGGGCGGAGCAGACGGGCCCCCCGGUCACCCUGAGCACACAGCAGUCCCUGGAGGCGCUGAGCGAGGAGAUCGUGAGCACGGCCAUCUCCACCGUCGUCCAGAACACUCUGUCGGCCCUGCUGCGCUCCAGCGAGGAGCCCUCUCUGAGUGAGUUCCUGCCGACCCAAACGCCCCCCGCGGUCCCCGGUCCCGACCAGAACCGGGAGGAGGGGGAGGGGCAAAGCAGCCAGCCCGACGACACGCUAGUCCCCACCGAGGACGAGGACUUUGAGCUUUUGGACCAAAGCGAACUGGAUCAGGCCAACGAGGGGCCGGACGACACCUCUGACGGACAGGUGGGGGGCGGGGCUGCAGACUCACCUUCAUAGCUGUCCUCCCCCCUCCUCCCCCUCCAUCUUUGUUUUUAUUUGUACAUGAAUCUGCAAACCCUGUACAGGAGUCAGUACCUGAUGACACUUCUGUUCCUCAGAUGUUUAUGAAGAGAUCAAAUUAUAUCCAAAUACUAAUUUAUUCCACAAUUAUUUAAUUUAAAGGCCAGACGGUGAAACUGGGUUAAAGGUUAAAGAAGGGCCAGAUUAAAACAGUCUGUGGUUUGGGUGUGUUUGCCCCCCGGUCGUCCGUGCAUGCGUCAGGCAUGCCUCCGAAGCCGAAAGCACCGAAUAUUCGGGAAACGAAGACGCCUCCUUUUUACCCAAACCCCUUCCAGGGGCGCAUUGUACAAAAGUCAAAUCCUCGGAUCCGUUCUCCGACCUGUUGUAGUGCGCUGUAUUUGUACUAACUCUUCCUUUUGUCCCCCCCCCCGUUGUGUAUAGUGUAGAAAUGCCCCCAAAGACCCAGGAAAGUGUAUUUUUUGCAUGUAAAAAUGACACUCUGUUCCAGUUCUCGUUCUCUGCCGACGAAGCGGCUCUGCACAAUUUGUAAGGACAAAAAAAUAAAAGAAAAAAUUCUAUUUGGGGGGAAAACGUUGAUGUAAAUGGCAACUCCCAUUCAAAAACAAUAUUAACAGACUAGUUUGUGUAUGUUCUAGUGUGUUUUAUGCUAAAAGACAGAUUCUUGAAAUAUAAAAUAAGACUCAAGAAGCUGUGGAGUUUAAAAAAAAAAAGAAGGAAUAUAUUUUCUAACGUCUUCUUUUUCCAUAAAGUGCUCAGUUUGAACUUUUAGGAUUCUGUUAUGAAGAAGUUUUAAAAACAAAGAAAAAAGGGCAAAAGAUCUGCUGUCAAAAAACUGGAAAUCUGCAUCUUUAAAUGUGAAAGAAUAAAAGAGCAAACUGAAA